CUCACUUUCACUUUCCUCUCCUUUUUUUUUUUGAUUAUAUUGGAUGGAUCCUUAUUCAAAUCCUUAUGGUUACAGUCCAAGGGGUAGUCAACGACCUUACCGACCCAAUUACAAUCGACCUCCUCAAUAUGCCAACAUGAGCUAUAACGGUUAUGCAACUAGACCACAUACAGCAGGUCCAACGGGAAUAUCUCCUCCUCCUGCUCCAUCCUUGGAUAGAAACAAACUCAACACAUUAUUUGUUGGUGCCAUACCUGUAGGUGUUAAUGACGAAGGAAUAGAACAACUUUUGAAGACUUGUGGGGUAUUACUGGAAUGGAAACGAGUGAAAGAUCAAUCAGGCAAUCCAAAAGGAUUUGGUUUUGCAACAUAUAAUAAUCCAGACAGUGUCUUGCGUGCUCUACGCGUAUUAGGUGGUGAAGAAGGAUAUACUGGUGUUACUCUGAAAGCUCAAGAUGGUAAUGCAUUGGAAAAGAAAUUGGUUGUUAAGGCUGAUGACAAUGUACGGAAAAACUUGGAUCAAUACAAAAGUUCAAAGGAACCUGCUUUAUUGGCGGUUGAAAAAGAACAAGAUGCUAGAGUAUUAGAAACGGUGGAAUCCAUUGUACAAUCUAUUUGUUCAGGAAAAACCAUUGACUCUACUAUCGACAACACAACAACGCAUGAAACUAUAGAAAAUAAUGAUUCAAUGGAGGAUACUCUUUCGAAAGAUUUGGCAUUUUUACGAGAACGGGCAACACGAUCGGAAGCUCAGCAAGAGAAUCAUCAUCGAACUGAAGAUCGGCGACAACCAGAUCAUCGACGACGACGACAAGAAUUCGUUCGAGGACAAUCAGAACAGUUAUCGAUGGAAGAAUAUGAUGUUGAAUUGGAACGUGAUGAUGAAGAAGCUGAACGACGGCGACAAGAAAAACAUCAAAAAGAAAUGUUAGCCAUUUUUCGCCAGAGGGAAAAACGAUUUGAACAAUUAGAAGUUACUCAACUACAUGAUUAUGAACGAAAUCUGAAGCGUGAAAAAGAAGAUCAAGAACGUCGGAUAGAAGAUAAAGCAUAUUGGGCAAAGCGACUAGCUGAAUGGGAUGAUGAUAUUGAAAUGAAAAAUGAAGAGUGCGACUACUACAACGAUAGAUCUCGAUGGCGAAAAGCAAGAUCAGCGAUUCGAAGACGAGAAGAAGAAAGGGAUGAAAAGGAUAGACGAUUGGAAGCGGCAAAAAGAUCUGAUGAAGCAUCACAAAAGAUGACAAGCACGUUAUCAAAUGAAAGCAACACAACGGAACCAACGCCAUUACCAAUGACGGAUAAACCGGCAGUUGUUUUGCAGAUGAAACCUAUAGCACCUACCAAAAUCAAAGCAGUACCGACCAAACGUGCCAGUGGACUUGGAGGAGAUGAUGAAGAUGAUGAAGAGGUGAGAAAGCGACGGGUAUUGAUUCCAUUGGAUUACAGCGGCAUAGAAGAAGACACGACGAUGGAAGAAGGACAACCAGCAUCUGAAGAAGAACGAAAUCAAAAGAUCAAAGAUUUGAUUCGAUCGAUUCCAAGCUCUGAAGAUGAAUUAUGGCAAUGGCCUCUUCGUUGGGAAGUAUUGAAUGAUGAUUUGAUUACGGAAAAGCUGGGACCUUUUGUGAACAAGAAAAUCAUCGAAUUAGUGGGUGUGGAAGAAGAAGAACUAGAAACUUUUAUUUUGGAUUCUAUCAAGAAACAUACGCCGCCAUUGGAUUUGAUCAAGGAAUUGGAAAUGACUUUGGAUGAAGAUGCUUUGGUAUUUGUGAUGAAACUUUGGCGAACCAUUAUUUUUGAAACGGAACGUGUAGCUAGACAUCUUUAGUUAGUUUAUUUUGAUUGUUAUUUAUUUUAUUUCUCUAU